GACUCUGGAUUCUACCAUAUGACUGAGAUGUGGAGACUGAAGGGCAGCACUAUACUCAGCAGAUGAAUGGUUACAGCUUGAGCCAUGACUUGAAUGGAGGACCAAAAUGUAUCACAAUAAUCACUGUGUUGCAGCUCAGUAAUUGGAACUACAGUACAAUGCUGAAAUAUCUAAAGAUCCUCAUGGUUGUGCUGUCAGUAGCAGCCACUGGCUUCAUAUGCAGAACUGCUCUUGAACAGAAAACUACAGAAAUCAUGGAAUUUCUCCUUUCUAAUGUCAGAAUCUCAGGUUCAGUGACUAUAGACAUUUUUACUGUUCAGAAAAAGUGUAUCCUUUCUCUAAAGAACAAUGGCAACAUAUCCAGUGCACCAGAAAACGUAACAUCUGUAAAACUGCCAAACGUUGUUCUAAGCCAAGGUAAUGGAAUCUUACUCAUGGAGACCACUGACAGAAUGCAACCACCAUCCUUGGUCUUGUGUGCUAUUGAGUCAGCAGCUCGUGUCUACCCUGACAGACCUGUGGUCUACUUUAUGAAAGGACUGGGUGACAUAAACACAGAGGAGGAUGAGAUCAGGACUCGGAAACAGUUUCCAACACUCGCAUCGUUUGCUAAUGUCUACUUCUUCCCUCUGAGAAUGGAGGAAUUAUUUACUGACACACCUUUUCUGCCGUGGUUUAAAAAGGUGAACCCUAAGAAAGAACGUUACUGGACGCAUGUUAGCUCAGAUGCCUGCAGGUUUGCCCUGAUAUGGAAAUAUGGUGGCAUUUACAUGGAUACUGAUGUUAUUUCCAUUCGGCCCAUUCCUAAAGAUAAUUUUGUAGCUGCUGAAAACUUCGACAUUACCAGCAGUAGUGUUUUUGGGCUCUCCGCGUGUAAUAACGUGACAUGGGAGUUCAUGGAAAACUUUGUUCAGAAUUACAGAGGCAGCAAAUGGGGACACCAAGGACCAGGAGUCUUCACACGUGUUAUGAAAAAAAUGUGUGGGAUUCCAGCAUUUACAUCUACUUAUGAUGUCAUGUGUGCAAAUAUUUCCUACCUUCGCCCUGAACGCUUUUAUCCUAUCUUGUAUCAAUCUUGGGAAAAGUAUUUUGAGGUGUGGAAUUAUUUGCCAACCUUUCCUAAUUCUUAUGCCUUGCAUCUCUGGAACUAUAUGAACAGCGAAGGUAAAACCAUGGUACCUGGGAGUAACACACUCGUGGAACAUAUCUAUCAACAGCACUGUCCAUCCACCUAUGGAGCAGUUCUGAGGAAUGAAAGAACUCAACUGUAGCCAGGAUUAUUCCAUACAAAUGUGAAGUAUCUAUGAGGUCGACUUUGCAUUACAUAUUUUGUUAUCUUAGGCUAGAGCCCAAAGAAGCCAUUCCAAAAAUGAAUGAAGUGUCCUUUUAAUGAUCUCAGGAUCCAUGUGCUACUCAUGGCCUGAUUCCUGGCCAUGGUAGCCAGGCCUACUACCUUAUUCUAAUACAUACACUUUAAGCGGAAAGUCACACCACCCACUGUUUUUCCAUCCACAGCCUCGAUCAUCAUCAUUAGCACCAGCACUUACACCUACCCCAUGCUGUGUGCAAUAGAUCUGUCUACAAUGGGUGUCCUUUCACUUUACGUGUGAAAAAGAAUAGUGUGGAACUCUGGCUACACUACCCUGAAACUCCCCAAAAACUCUUUCUUAAAGCAACUGUAAAACAUUAACCAGUCAAUGUGGACUUGAAUUCGAAAUCAGCCAAAUACAGGAAGCUACAGUAACAGUGCUGGAAACCAUUGUCAUUAAUAUGCAUUUAUACCAGCCCACAGAUACCUGCAAGUGAUAUGGCUAUUGACAUGUGUUAGCAGAGUCGGAUUAAGUUUUGUGGGGGCCCCUGGGCAACAUAAU